AGUGGGCUCAAGCUUUUUCUCCGCAGGGCGUGCUUGACGACGGCGCCGCAGUUUCAGGAAGCCCCAACCAUGCGGAAAUGGGCUUCGAGGUGUUGCGGCAGCUGCAGGGGGCGCCAAAGUUUGAGGAGGUGUGCAAAACCUUGUCGGAGGAGAUCAGCACUUGGCAGCAGAACCCCCAGUUCGCCACCAAGCUCCUGGACAAGCUGGGGACUGCGCCCGUGGCUCCAGACACCGUGGACCUGGUACUGCGAUGUGUGCGCCGGGCGCACGCGCUGAACAUUUGGCAAGUCAAUGCUGCGACGAAUGCGCAUGUGAGAAGGGGCCGGUGGCAGCGCGCCUUGGCGCUGGCGGCGAGCCUCAGCGACUGGUCCCUGGAGCCGGACGUUGUUACGGCAUCCUCAUGUGUGCGAGGGUGCAUGGAGUCUUCUCACUGGUUGCUCUCACUGGCGCAUCUGAAGCACAUGAAGCGCAUGCAGGCAGGCAUCAGCAGAUAUACCAAGGCGCUGCUGGUUCCCCUGAAGUCCACCAGUAGCUGGCGAGCGUCGCUCUUUCACUUCGCCAACUUGGCCGAUGUUCGGGUCGAAGCAGAUCUCGUGAGCAGGGGGCAAGUCCUGGGCGCCUGCAAAGGGCGGUGGCCAGCCGCCGUGCAGAUCUCCUCCCGGGUCCAAGUCAAGCAGAACAUUUUUCUUGAUGCUCUCGGCGGACAGUGGCAGCUGUUGUUGUCCGUCUUGUGGAUGCGCUUGGCAGAUGAGGUCAGCUUCAACACAGCCAUCCAUGCAGUGCCCCGCUGGAACCUCGCGUGGAGCUUGUUUUCGGAGCUGGGGGCGCGGUCAUUGGAGCCAGACGUGGUGAGCUUCGGCUCGCUCGCCGGCUCGGGGUCGGGCUGGGAGCGGUCGCUGGAACCGGUGCUCCGCUCGCGGAGAGCCGCGCGGCUUUGGAACGCCUGGCUGGGCACGGCGCAGAACCGGUGGCAGGAAGCCUGCCAGGGCCUAGGUGCUUUUGUGAAGGAUUCGCUUCGUGCGGACGUCAUCACCUACACUUCCUGCAUGAAGGCGGCAGAGGUGUGCAGCGUGUGGCGCAGUGGCGUGCGGCUUAUGGCACAGAUGGCGCAGCGCCAGAUCUCGCCAGACCCAACCAGCCGGAGCUUCCCCCAGUGGUGGCAGGCACUGCAGACGGGCAUCCAGGUGGACGUGAUCAUGCAGAAUGAAAUGCUGGAUGUUUUGAAGGAGUCAAGGGAUUGGCACGCAGUACUGCAACUUUGCGCGUCGAUGCGAAAUCGCGGAAUCCGACAAGACCUGGUCACUUACAGCUCUUUGGUAGAUUCCUGUCAGUCCAAAGACAGCUGGGAAUGGAUGGCACGGAUUCUGAGCACCUUACUGGCAGUGUCUUUCGACCAGACAUGCUUGAACUCCGCCAUCAGCAGCUUUGCCCACGCGGAGCACUGGCGGGAGUCUUUGGGAGCGCUCCGGCAGAUGCCCCGGCUGGCUGUGCCAGCGGACCAAAUCAGCUUCAAUUCUGCGAUGCAGUCCUGCCGCUGGCAGCGAGUCUUUCUCCUGGCGGAGGAACAACUUCGGCAGAGGUUGGGGCUGGGCCUCUGCAGAGAGCGUUUGCUGCUGGAAUGCGAGCAGCGGGGGUUGAGAGGAAACGAAGCCGGGCUGGUGCAGCGGAUGGUGCAAGAUCUCGGCUGAAAGGGAGGCAGAGCUGCCCUGAACCAGGGUGGCGCUGCUCCCGAAAUAUGUUUCUCUCAUUUCCUUCGGGGCAAAAAUGGCCACCACUGGGGCGUUUGACGUGGCCUUGCCUCGCGCGAAGAAGCUUUGCUGAACCUCGAGCCCAAGAAUUGAUGUGAU